CUGCUCCCUAGGAAGCAUUGCGCCCACAUGGGCAGUGUUCUGGCAUUGUCUUCUAGCCCAGGCCAUCAGAAGUGGCCUUUUGCCACGGAACCUCCUCCAUCUCGCUGGGACGCACAUCCUGCUCACUGGGACACUCCGCCACGGUGGGAAAGGAGAGAUGGCCGCCUACCCAACCCAGGGAGCUUUCACUCCCUCCACAGGAGCUGCAAAGAAGUGUUUCCGCAACAGAUUGAGGGCAUCAAGAUGAUCAUUAAUAAAACCCUAAGCAGCUUCUUUAAGGUUAGUCAUACUCUCCACCUCAGUGCUGUAAGUCCCUCUUACUAUCGAUUCCACGUGGAGCAUCUGCAAUCUGAUGACUACAGCAAGGAUAAGGAUGCCCCAGCAUUGAUUGGGGAGAUGGACUCCUCAGGUAGCCUGAACGCGCAUGCUCUGCUGCAUCUCACUGAGCGUGUUCGAGCUAGAUCAGUAUUCCAGACCCAGCAGUCUCAGUUUGUUACGUGGCAGUUUGAAACUGAGUACAGAGGAAACGACUUCACCGCUGCUGUCACAGUGGCCAACCCAGACGUGCUAAGAGAGUCAGUGAUCCUCGUGGCUCACUUCCUGCAGAGUGUAUCAUCUGGUCUGGUGUUAGGUGGGGAAUUGGUCUACCAUCGGGGGCGAGCAGAGGAAGGAGGAAUCCUUACUUUGGCUGGACAGUACUCCAGACCAAACUGGGUGGCGACCCUGAAUGCUGGUAAAGGCGGUGCGCACGCCAGCUACUAUCACAGAGCAAACAAGCAGAUUCAAGUUGGGGUGGAGUUUGAAGCCAGUACCAGGACACAAGAGACUACAACCUCAUUUGGGUACCAAAUGGAACUCCCUGAGGCCAACAUGGUGUUUCGAGGUAUGAUAAACAGUCGGUGCAUAAUAGGCGGCGUGUUGGAGAAGCGUCUGACCCCGCUACCAGCCACCCUGAUCAUGGGGGCUUUUGUGAAUCACAGAGGUGAUAAACUGCAGGUGGGCCUUGGUGUGAACGUUGGAUGA